AAAUGGUGGAAAACACGGUUUCAGGUUGUCCCAGUGGCUCAUUAUUUCACUCUUCUUGGGAACGCACCGAGUGAUUGCCUUAGCGACGGACACUUACAGUAGCUACAUAUUCUUGGCAACAAGAUAGAUAGAUAGCUAGCUAGCAAUGAGGAUCGUUUCGGCCGUCCCUCUGAUUCUUGCAAGCUCGUUGGUGCUGCCACUGUGCCAUGGCCAACGAGUGCAAUCGGAGGAUAUCGUUGACGAUGAAGUGUGGACCGUGGACAAUUCGACCAUUGUGCAGAUAUCCCAAGAUAUCUCUGUGGCGCAGGACGCGUCUCUGACAGUUGCCGAAGGUGUUACAGUCAACUUUACUGGCCCUUUUUCCGUCUCUGUCAGUGGCAAAGUCAUCUUGCGGGGCACAGAAUCUAAUCCCGUCACGGUCAGCAACGGUUUCAAGGCUUUUUCGCUCAUGGAGCUCGACGAAGCAGGAGAGUAUCCCGAGCUGGAAGCCGAGUAUACUUUGUUUGUCAACAAUACUGGUGGAGCCAUCAUGAGAGAGUGGCCUACUUCAGAAGCUCCCGUUAUCAAGGUGGAGGACUGCCAGUUCCGAAACAAUCAGUACGCAGUUCGAGCUUAUCGAGCGGAGCUAGAGAACGUGAACAUUCAAGGAGGACGUAUUGGAGUUAGUUUGCAUGACUCCCUCGUCAAAAGCACGGUCAUUGAUGGGAUGGACGAAAUUUGCGCCUUUGCAAGCUCAGAAAGCGUCAUCAACAACUCAACUUUUACCAACUGCGGGACGAUUGGUGCAUGGAUCGGAGGUACAAUUUCAGAUACUACUGUCAUAAACGUCACAGAAGGAAUUGUAGCUGCUACUGGAGGAUUUGGCGGACUUGUCUCUACUCAAGUCGAUAACUGCGUUGUGCGAGGUGCUUCCGCCUUUGGGUUCAGGUAUAUUGAGACUGUAACGGAUUCGGUUGUCUUGGAUAGUCCCGAUGCCAUCGGAGCCACUUUUCAUUCGGGCAGUAUUUCAGGAUCUGUCAUUGCAGGCAGUUUGAUCGGCAUUCAAACCGGGAACCCAGAUGGUGAAACUGCCGAGGUGGCCAUCGCUGAUUCUUAUAUUUGCGGGAAUUCACGAACCCAAUUUGACGCGAGAUUGGAGCCUGGAUUCAGCAAUGCCACGCAAACAUUCUUUGGAGACACAGGAUCCAAUCCAGAAUCUCUGGGAGAAGAUUUCUUUCAGGCAUUGCCAUUCAAUGAAGCUGCCCUUGGUGUCCUGGUGUACGAUCUCACCGACAAUGUUCCAGUUGUCAUUGUUCCGCUUGACGAGGUAGCGCUGUUUACACGUGAAGACAUCGACAUUGAAGCACUUUGUGGCGCUCUCCCCCCUGUCAUCACAUCAUCUCCCACACUGUCCCCGACAGUGGCAGUCACAGUAGUGGCAACAGAGGUGGAAACGGGGGCGCCGACAUCGGCGUCUGUAACGAGUUCGCCCACGGAAACUCCCACUGUCAUACAGACUGUGGCUGCGACAAACACCGAUGUUCCAACUGCAGAAGCUGAGAUAGACACAGGUACACCGACCCUGGCGGUGGCUAUCACCAGCGCUCCAUCGACGGAGUUUGGUGGGCUUCCAGCCCAAACACUGGCUGCCUCCUCCGAAACCCCCUCGUCGGUACUCUUCGCGCAAACACAGGCAACGGAAACAGAGGUACCUACAAUCGAACUCAGCAUGGGACCAACCGAAAUGGAAACAUUUUUGGACACUUUUACGGAUAUGCCCACAGUUUCAGAAGCACCGACCAUACCGCCAACUACGCCACAACCAACGGCACCCCAGCGAAAGGUGGCUCCGCCGGCCAAGUGUGGAUCCAUUGGUUUGGCUGGAGGUCGAGGAGGAGCUGCCGGUCAAGCAAAAGGAUGUACCAGUGGGCGCCGUAAUACAAGAAGACGUCUCAAGGGUCUCUAGCUACGCUGACAAAUUGGAUUCAUUAUGCCCAGCGAAAGUCUCACGGCGCCGCGAGAACUUGAGAUUGAGCAUUCCUUGGCGCAUGACUGACUCUUGAGGAGUGAGUUGCUCAAAUCUUCUGUGGCGAUGGACAGUUUUGAAAAACUCGUUGGACAAAUCAAGCCUACGUUUGGGACAUGGCGGUAUUUGAGACUGAUGUCAGCCGUGAUGUGUUGACACCAGGUACUCACAAAUAUCACUGUCGCAUACGUCGAGUGCUCUUGCUACAUUACAUCACUGAAGGGGCGAUUGUGUGCGGGCUCCUCAUAAUGGAGCGCAACACUUCAGAGAUUCUGUAUAUACUAGAUAAUGCAUAUCGUAUGCCCUAUGCACUUGA